CGAAAACUUCAAAAUAAGGCACUUCGCUCAUUAAAAACACUGAUCUGAUAUACUGCUUUUAACCCUGGGUCUUGGAUGAAGACAUGUCUGUCAAUCCACUAUUCUCAGGCCCAAUGCCGAGUCAGCGACCUUCCAUUUACAAUAACUGUGCCUCCCCUAGUCAGAGAACAGCUUCAGGCGUUUUCCGCCAGUCAAACCUCAACCAGGACAACAUGAACUUCGGCGGGUCGCCAGUUCCAAGGAAAAGACAACGAGUAGGGGAUGCGAAAACGUCUGACACUAUGAACGAGUCGGACCCAUUCAAGGAUUUCAAUGAUACCUUCACAGAAGAUGACCUGGAGGCCUUUGAUAUGAUCGCCUCUCAAGCCCUGACCCAGCAGCCACGCCCUGACAACACCCAUGCCCAAGAGCAAGAGAGGCCCCACAGCACCCCAAGAUUUCAGCCAAAGACAAACCCCCUCGGUGUAAUCCCCAAUACCUACGAUAGGAGUAACUAUAACAUCACAAGUCAAGCAGCCUCAAGCGGUUAUGGGUCCCUUCAGCAAUUCAACAGCGAGGCAAGCUCGGGCCGAUUUUCCUUUAAACCUGGGAGCAGUAAACUAAGCAGCCAUACAACAGCGUCCACCACUGCCUCAGUUGUUACACACCCUACACCUACUCCUACAUUACCGAAACAAACCCGAAACAAUAUUUACACGAGGCAAAGUAAUGUCGGGGAAACAAAAAUCUACUAUCCUCAUUCGUCACAGCAUCGUUCUGGAGGCACACCACCAGGGGCCCAGCACCACGCCAGCAACGAUUCAUCAACUGCACAAACCCUGAAGCCCAGUACUAACAGACACAUGAUUCAACCCAAACAGAGAGUUCAAUCAAACAUCGUUCCAAAAAGUACAACUUCUAUGUCAAAGCCAAAUUCCUAUUACUCUGGAGUCACACCCACUGGUAACCCUAUCCCACUCAUCCCUGAUGGAUUCAAAACGGACACUGUUAAUAAAAGCAAACCUCUGGUUCACAACACAAGGUCCAAAGUCAACCCAUUGUCCAAUAAAGGUGGAACAACCCACUCAAACCAUGCCAUGGGAGGGGGUAACAUCACCUCAAGUUUAACACCUCCAAAGGGGGCAAUUGCAAGAGAGUCCCCAGGCCUGCCCACAACAGGAAGCACCAGUGGACCUUCCCAGUUAUCGGUUCUCCAACACCAGCAAGUGGAGAGGUACAAGAAAGAGUGUGAGACAAUUAAACAACAAUUGAAACGAUUGACCGAGGAGCAACUGACCAAGGAUGGUGAGAUUCAGGUGUUGAGGCAGAACCUGAACAAAGUCAAAUCGGAGGCCAGUCGUUCCCAUCAAGAGCGCCUACAGACAGAGGAACAAAGGCGGUUACAAAGUAGUCUUAUUGAAAAAGAACUCAAAAAAGAGGUAGAGAGCCUGAAAACCCAACUGCAGUUCAAGGAGAUGGAGCUAAUGCAAGCACACAGUGCCAGCCAGAACCACCUCACCCGAUUACCCAUGCCCACCACGCCCAGUCAAGCCCCUGCAACACCUCAGAAACGCCCGGGCAUCCCCGGUUCUUACAAUGCCAAUGACAUGAGAGAUUCUGAGAUGUUUCCAACGCAGCAAACAUUCAUGGCUGACAAUCCAAAGGCUGACAUAAAAUGUCAGCUUAGGUCACCUCGGCUCAAAGCCAUGUCAGAGGGGCUUCAUGGUCUCAGUAAUCCAAGACAGAGCCCAAGAAAGAGUCCAAGACGUAGCAGUUCAACCAAGAGCCCUGCCAAGACCUCGCCAGCUCGUCCAAAUUCUCUUCCAUCUCUUAGUUCCAGCUCCUCCACUCCUUUGAAAAAGCCGCCCAUACGAGGGAAAAGUCACUGCCUGAUGGCAGCUAGAGGUCAAAAAGCUUUUUCAUCGGAUGCAGAAAUCGUUGGGCAUCUUCUCCAAGAUGAAGACAAAUACAUGAACAACGCAGCAGGAUCUGUGGGUGGAUUGAUAGGUCUCGUCCAGAGCCGUGCAGUAUUGAAUAGGGUCUCCGGGGAAGGGGUGGAUUCUGUACAACAUUCUUCAACCAAAGACACAAGAUCUUCAAGCAGUAGUCCAACCAGUGAUGUUAGAAACCAGACUUCCAGCCUCAAUGUAGAGUUAGCCACAAGAGCCAUCUCAAAUCUCCUCAAUCCUCCUCGGAUCCCACCACUGCCACCAAAUAUUGCCUUGUCAUCUGAGUUGACACCCUUCCAUCCUUUCCCGAGUUCACGGAAUGCUUCAGACUCUUCCACCAGCAUCAGGGACAUCCUUCCAUUGCUUGAGGAUCAGCAGACAGUGUACAUCGACAUUGUCCACAGUAUAACCCUUAAAAAUGCUUCACCGCUCUGCUCUACUUGUCCAAGUAGUAGCAGCAGUGGAUCCCGGACCUUGGAAGGCUCUUUAGACUCACCUGGCUCCAGCAGUCCUAGUGAGGACAGUGUGAACUUGGGUCGUGCUGAAGCUGCAGUUCAGACCUCCCUAGCCCUACUGCGUCAAUUGUUGACUUCUUCUGCUGAAGUACGCACAGCUGUGUUGACUGGUAACAGCUCCGGAAGCGUAGAGCCAGUAAGCAGCGAUGAUGACCUGUCAAUGAUGGAGAUUGACCCUUCAGCACCUCUCAUUGAUCCAACCCAGGCUCCUUCUAAGUCAACUGCCCUGUCGGACAAACCUUCCCCAGUUGGCACUGUCGACCCAACUGCUCCCAACCAACCCACCAACCAUAUCUUGAGUAAACUGAUGAGGAUUGCCAGCAUGCAGCAUGGACUCGGUAGUUGUAGGUCCGUAGUUGAGCUUUCACUUGCAGCUCUCAGUGCCCUGGCUAUGAAGUGUACCACUGAGGAAUCAGAGAGGUUGCAGUCUGUGCUCGUCCAUGAUGCCUUGUAUAACAGCAUGUCACCAGAUUGUACCCUUCCCCAAGCAUUGAAUGCAUUGGACAUCCUCUCCUCAUUGUGUAUAUCAUGGAAGCUGGCGUGUAAACUAUGCAACCAGUCAGAUACAUGCCUGUUGCUCCAGUGCUACCAGUGUGGUGUACACGGUCCGAGGAGUUGCACUACAUCCCAGAAGCUACAGCUCACUGUUAAGGUGAUAUCACUGCUGAGGAGGAUUGUAUCUACACAUCAUCAGGGAGCAGAGAUGUUACUGGAGACGGACUGCCAGUGUAGUAUGGAGCUGAUAAAUGCUGCAGUACUGAUGCUAAGAAGGGUGCUUGACGUUACAUUGUCCAAGGCGGUCUACGAACAUCCCACCCAGAACUGGAGGUGUGUCCUGCAUGAGGCCCUUUUGCUACUUCACUGUCUUGCAGUACAUGAUAGGAACUUUAACUAUCACCACUUGGAUGUAGAAAAGUUCCAUGUGUACUCCAUUACAAGUCUCAUCAAACUCUACCUCAAGAUUCCAGACAUCUCCGAUAAUGAAACUGGAUUACUUCAGGACCUAUGGGAGUUUGAUCCAUGGGAUGCAGCCGAGUGGGGUGAAGAUGACAAUGAACCUCAGGAUGAAGCUCAGGGACUAGGCAACAAUAUGGAGGUAGAUCAGUGACUCUCACCAUACAGGUGAAAGGUCUGCCUGAAGAAACACAACCUCCUUCCAAAAAUCAGCCUGGCGGGAUCUGCGAUAAUAGUAAUAAUAAUAAUAACAACCAGUUUUUAUAUGGCGCUUUUCAUACCUGAGGGCAUCUCAUAGCGCUUCAAACAUUAUAACCUCGAUCACUGGGCCUUAAAUCAUCCCUAAACCAUCUCAACUCCCUGGGGAGUAUACAG